CCCGAUACAAGCUGAACACUUAAUUAAAGCCAUAUACAGCGGGACACAUUAUCGUUUUUAAUAAUGCCUGAACAAAUUAAGUGGACUUUGCUGUUUUGUGGAGUAAUUGUCUACUGCUUGAACCUCGUGGAAGGAAAUCGUGUGGGAUGUUUUGAUAACAGUGAAGGUUUCGGCAAGAUCCAGCAAAAGAUGCUUCGCGCCAUGCUUGUAUCCAGACACGCGCCUGUGGGAUCUGCCAAUCACAAAGAGCGCACCUGCAAACAUUUCUUGAGCGAGCUUUCCAGUGUGCACUUGUCAUCGGAAAUCAAACAUCGAUCCCUCGCCCCCUGGCGGACAAGAAUUGUGGAAGACCCAGAAAUGAUACCCUCACGAUAUGAGGAAGCUGAGUGUUUGUGUGAUGGAUGCAUCAUUAACGGAGCUCAUAACCACAGCUACAACUCUGUGCCUGUGCUACAGAAGAUGUUAUUUCUGAAGAAGGUCAAGUGUCUGUCUGACCCAAGCAAAUAUUCUUUCAAAAUUGAAUAUAAAGAAGUGGCUGUGGGCUGUACAUGUGUGGCCCCUAGGUCGUAAUCUCUUAUAGAGACUACUAAUUACCCAAACCAACUGUAGAGAUUUAUCUCAUGUACUGUCCGUGUUUGUUUUAAAAUGCAGUUUUUGUACUUUGUUCUAUAUGCUUAUAUCAGUAAGCUGAAAAGGUUGCAUGUAUUACAUGAAUUGUUUUUUAGCUUAUGACAUUGUCUUUCUUUAACGGAAGAAUUUGUAUUUUUGUAAAACACUAAUUUUUUGUUGUCUUGUUAUUUAUUUAAAUAAUAAAUAUUUAUUGACUAUUUAUUUAAGUUAUUAGAAUGUACAUUAUGUAAACAAAUGAUAUAUUUUGCAUU